AUGGUUUUGCUCCUGUCCCACCUGCACAGUCGCAUGCACAAAUAUCCCAGCCGCUCCUCUCCUCCUUCCCCCACCACCACCACCUUUCCUUCUUCCUUCCUUCCUUCCGAGGCGUGCGCUGCUGGUGAUACGUGCCGACCGAUGGGCGCGGGUGCGGCGGGGCUGGACGUGCCCGCCAAGCGGAGGCGGGUGCUGGCGGCCAAGACCAGAGGAGGCAGGCCGCGGCAAGCGAGGAGACGUGCUCAGCCGCAGCCGCCGACGGCGCUGCAGCGCCUCUUCCGCGCCUGCCGCGCCGUCUUCAGGGGCCCCGGCACCGUGCCCGCGCCACACGAGGUCGCCCUGCUCCGGGCCAUGCUCGACAGAAUGAAGCCAGAGGACGUCGGCCUGAGCCCAGGCAUGACAUUCUUCAGGACUAGAGAUAUUGCGGCCCCAGGGAACCCAACCAUCACACACACCACCAUCUACGAAUCUGACAAUUUCUCGAUGGUCAUCUUGUACCUGCCGCAAAAUGCGGUCAUCCCUCUACACAAUCACCCCGGGAUGACCGUGUUCAGCAAGCCGCUCAUCGGAUCGAUGCACAUAAAGUCGUAUGACUGGGCUCAUCCCGAUGAUCCAGCCGCCUCAUCGCCCGACGAUCAACUGAGGCUGGCGGAGCUGGUCGUGGAUGAUCUCUUCACCGCUCCGUGCGACACGUCGGUCCUCUACCCGACGGCGGGAGGCAACAUGCACCGGUUCACGGCCAUUGCGCCAUGCGCCAUCCUCGACAUCCUUGGCCCCCCUUACUCCAUAGAGGAGGAACGGGAUUGCACCUACUACGCGGAUGUUCCCUACUCCUCCCAUCAUCCGAUGACACUGACCAGCAAUGAGCAACAAGGCCGGCGCCUCGCGUGGCUGAAAGAGGUCGAGAGGCCGAGCGAUCUGAAGAUGCGCACCGUCCCGUAUGGCGACCCGCCGAUCUCCGACGGGUGA